AUGAAUCCAUUGGAUAUUCAGCAACAAUUAGCUGAUCAGCGCCGUGGCCGAUAUGUACGCGUUAGUGAUGUUGACCGACGCUUACUAAUCGAUACAUACAAGAAAGGUGAAGAUUUUAUAGCUUUGGCGAAAAAACUCAAUAUCAAACGAUCAACAGCACGAAGCAUACUUCGAACGUACAUCGACGAGGGUCGCGUAUCGGCUAAGCAACGCGCUGGUACACGUCUUCGUUUUAUAACUGAAGAUGAAGCUGAAAUGAUACGAGAAAUGAAACGUCGUCACCCCUUAAUCACAAUCGGUCAAAUACAAAUGCGUUUACAACGUACAUCGAAUCGUGUACUGAGUAAAGCAUCCAUAUCACGUAUCUUAACAAAUAGUAUUCGUUUGGGUAAACGUGCUAAACGUUCAGUCGAUGGUGAAGAUGAUCCAGAUGGAAUGAAUGAAUCCAUGGUUAAUGGUAAUGAUGAACUGAUGCAAUUAUCGUCCGAUGAGAACACAGGUGGAGCUAUUUUUGUCGAUGAUAUCAAUGACGAUGAAGAUGAUGACGAUGGAAUGAUGGAAAAUAAUUCUUCAAUGAACAAUCUCGAUGAUUUUCAACGUUUUAUGUUGCGAAAAACAAGUGUCAAUGGAGAUGAUUCUAUAACGAAUGAAAAUUUAGCACAAUAUGAUGACAAUGGGUAUCCAACGACCUAUCCUCAAUACGGCAGUGAAGAAGAUGAAGACGACUUAUCUGACGAAAAUGAAACAACAACACCAGUUGAUCUUCGAUCUGAAAUCACGUCAACACCAUCUGUUGUCAAUGGUACCACUCCGAUGUUGAAUGAAAACGGUUGUUGGAAUUUAAGUACGAAUUCUGUCAAAUCCGAACCUGUCUGUGUAUUUGUUAAUCGAAAUUACGAUGAAAACUCAUCUGAUAGUGAACAUCUUCAAGAACAGCCAUUAACUAUCGAUGAGGAAGUAAACAAAAGUUCAACAAAUAAUCAACCGACACUUUCGGCUUCGCAAUCAUCAGGUUAUCGUCGCGGAAAAGUUUGUCCAAUCUGUAAUGAAGCAAACUUUUCUCGUCUCUCCCAUCAUCUUGCUGUUACACAUAACCUUGCCCGACAAGAAAUUCUCACUUUACUCGCUUAUACCGAUCAAAAUAACAACAAUAAUUCCUCAUUAGCAAGUGUUAGUGAAAGUUCACCAACCAACACUCCAUCCUGUGCACCGGAUAAAAGUCCUCAGCAAACACCAAUAAGUAUUAAUACGAAUAACCAACAGAUCACAUGUCCAUCGUCACCUAUCAACGAAUCCGAUGGCAACCAUCAACCAGCACUGACACCAACACCGACAAACUCAAUAACAACAAUUACUGAACAACAAUCAGCGAAUUAUAUACCAGUCGAUGGUAAAAAACGCUUACUAUGUCCACGUUGCGACACCUGGGUUUUGAAUUUAACUGAUCAUUUAAUAAAGAAACAUCAUUUAAUAUCGAAACAAGAACGUCUCCCAUUUUUACGCUUAGCACGUAAUCGUUAUGCAACACCUUCCUCGACACCGAAUGCAAUUACAAAUGGUAAUGAAGACAAAACAACAACUAAUUCGUUUCUAAUUAGUCCUGAUCAUUCAUCACCACCAACAAAUCAAUCAACAGACCAACAAUCAACUCUUCUUCAACAAGCAGCCAAUCGAAAAUACCAAAAUAUCGUGAAAAAAUAUCGCAAGAAGUUCUUGGGUGCCAUGCAUCCGCCCUCGUCGAAUCAUUCCGCAACAUCAUCAUUGAACAACUCUCAUUCAUCGAGUAAUUCAAUGGAAAAAUCGCUUGCACUGUCCGCGUUCGAUCCAACAAACCUUCCAUUAUCAACACAUGAUUUACCAUCGAACAAUUUAGCUGGAAGUCCCAAUCUUUUAGCAAUGAACAGUAUUCAAUCUUUACUAACCAAUGGUUCAUCAAAUCAAUGUAAACAAGAGAAAUUCAAAUUUCCAUUGCUGAAUGAGAAUUUCUCUUCGCGGACCUUUUCAGCUAUAAAAUCAUCAGGAAACAAUGCAAAUAUCAAAGAUCAACAACAGUUGUCAACUAACCAAAAGUUCGAACAACGUCUCACUGUUUUUCGUCAACAAUUCGCCGUAACAUUAGCAAUGCAAAAUUCUUUAAUGCAACAAAUGGAAUUAUUGCAACGAAGUUUUCUUUGUAUUGAGGAUGAAUGGAAUGAUGUGAAAAAACAAAUUGUUUCAUAA